AACUCGCAUUAGGGAGCCCUGAAAGCUCCCCAGAUUCCAGAAGCCAAAUAAUGGCAGCUGAAAUUUGGUGGGAUUGUGCAGUUAUUUAUUUCUUUGAUACAUUUGGGUUGAGAGUAACACUCAUUGCUUUGACACUAGUAGGGGUCCUGUUGAAUGUGUCCAGUGAUGUGAAAUUCCCUCUUAUUUGUCUACAGAAAUUAAUUUUUAUCCAUGAUGUGUCACAUUUGCAUGAAGUAAUUGUCCAAGGAAAUUAUCUUGAUGUGGGAAGAACAAGCUUUAGCUAUUGUGCAUGUAUAGAUGGAUAAUAUGUUGUACUUGCUACUUUAAAUCAUGUAAGUAGAUAUGAUGGAAGUCUUCAGGGAUCCCAUGUUCUCUUUAAUUCCUUCCAGAUCAUCAGUUCAUUGGCUUGUGCUCAGAAAGGCUGGAUGAAUAAUGGUGUAGACAAAAUUGUUUGCGAGUCUUGUGGUGCUUGCUUGAGUUUUACAGCAUUGCCAUCUUGGACAUCAGCUGAAGCUCAAAAUGCCAGUGAAUCCUUUGCCAGGCAGCUGGAUUCAGGGCAUAAAGUUAAUUGCCCUUGGAAAGGAAACAGCUGUCCAGAAAGCUUAGUGCAGUUCCCUCCAACUCCUCCAUCUGCCUUAAUUGGUGGUUACAAGGAUAGAUGUGAUGGCCUCGUACAAUUUCACUGUCUUCCUGUGGUAGCCAUCUCUGCAAUUGAGUUGAUGUCUGUUUCUCGGGGCCCACAGAUUGAACGCUUUCUAUCACAGUCUCAAUGUUUUAUGUCAGGAGAAGUAGACAUCAAGCCAGAGAUUAUAUCUGAGUUAGAAAACUCUCAAGAUGAGGCAUACUGUUUAUAUUCUCGUGCACAGAAGAUUAUAAGUCUUUGUGGGUGGGAACCAAGUUGGCUUUUAAAUGUUCAAGACUGUGAAGAACACUCUGCUCAGUCUGAAAGAAAUGGACAUUCAUUUGGCCCAAGCAAGACUCAACUCCAUCUUACACAAGAUCAUGGAUCAAAGGCAGUUUCUGCUUCUACUAAAUUGGAUGCCAGAAAGGCAAAGGCAUCUCUUAAGGAGUCUAGACUUGACUCUAGGUCACCUUUGCUUGAUUGUAGCUUAUGCGGUGCUACAGUUAGAAUUUUGGAUUUUUUGACAGUUCCCCGUCCUACUCGUUUUUCACCUAAUAUUAUCGAUAUUCCUGAUACGAGUAAAAAAAUAGGAUUAACUCGAGGAGCAAGUGCAGCUAGUGGAAUCAGUGGUUGGAUUGCAGCUGAUGAUACAGAGAAAGAUCAAACUGAAGACCGUGACGAAGUUGCAACAACAAAUGAGGGGAAAUCGUUGGCGAACACAGAUUUAGACUUAAAUCUGACCAUGGCAGGGGGUUUUCCUUUUACUUCUUUGGGCAGGACAGCAACAUCUGAAUAUACUCGAGAUGAAGAUAUGGGAAGGGAUUUAAUGAUUGGCCAGCCUUCAGGGAGUGAGAUUGGUGAUCGUGCUGCUUCAUAUGAAUCACGGGGGCCAAGCUCUCGUAAGAGAAAUCUUGAAAAAGGUGGAAGCUCAGAUGACCGACUAGUUCUUAGGUUGCAGCAGCAGGCUGAUAGUGUUGAAGGAACUGUCAUUGAUCGCGAUGGUGAUGAAGUUACAGAUGGUGGACAAUAUUCAGCUGGUCCUUCAAAACGUGUGCGCGACUCUGAUAUCUUUGACACAUAUUGUUCACCUCAUCAAAGAGACUCAUCUGGUGCUGGUCCAAGUCAUUCAAUGGGUUUUGAGGCGCAUGUUGCUGGCAAUCGAGCUUCUUCGUUCCAUCAAGGCAGUAGCCUCCCAAUAGGUAUCCAAUCAGCUAGGGACUCAACCCGUGCAUCAUCUGUCAUUGCAAUGGACACAAUAUGUCAUAGUGUGAAUGAUGAUUCUAUGGAAAGUGUUGAGAACUACCCAGGAGACCUUGAUGAUGUUCAUUUCCCCUCCUCCAGCACAUAUGGCAAUGUGGACAUGAAUGAAACAUCUGAACUGAAUAACAGCAAUCAAGCUCAGCAAAGCACUUGCUUACAAACAGCUACUGAAGUUGUCCCUGGUGAAGUGGGCAUCAGUAGUACAAACUAUGGGGAAGAACUUUUCAAUGCAGAAACUGUGACUGCUCAGGCUCGAGAUGGAAUUAGUUUGGGCAUCAGUGGAGGGAGUGUUGGAAUGUGUGCUAGUCAUGAAGCUGAAAUCCAUGGGGCUGAUAUAUCUGUGCACAGAGCUGAUAGUGUUGUUGGUGAAAUGGAACAGAGAGUAGAGGAUGCUGAAAAUCAAGGACAGACAGGUGAAUCUGUUCCAGAUCCAGGUCUGAUGGAUGAGAUAAUCCCUGAUGAUAUGAACAGGGAAGAUCCUAUUGGUGAUAGCCAGGAGAUGAUGUCUCACUCUGCAGGAAGAACAGACAGUGGGUCAAAAAUUGGCUGUUCUACAAAGGCAGAAUCAGUUGAAAGUGGUGAAAAGAUUAGUCAAAACUGCAAUCUUCUACCUGCUAAUAGUAGUCAACCAUCUCGUUCUUGUAAUGCUAAUAUUUAUUCUGGUGGUGAAAAUACCAAGGAUGAGAUCAUGAAGGAUGGUAAAUCAUCAUUUGCCAACAAUUGUGCUGUCCUUGAAUCAGAUUUUGCCAUUGCAAAUGGAAUAGGCCCUCCAAAAGGAGAGAGUAAUUAUGAAGCUGUAGAAUUUGAUCCUAUUGUCUAUCAUAACCAAUGUUGCCCUUGGGUGAAUGGCAAUGUUGCUGCUGCUGGCUGCACUAGUUCUGUUCCAAGCACCAGUAGUGAUGCAAUUGCCCUAUGCGGUUGGCAGAUGACUUUAGAUGCUUUGGAUGCGUUACGAUCACUGGGGCACAAUGCAAUUCCAACAGUACCAUCCGAGUCUGCUGCAUCCUUGUACAAGAAUGACCAGCAAGCACCCGGUCAAAAACUCUUUCGUGACCACUCUAUGAGCAGAAGUCAUGGUCAACUCUGAGAUUUUGUUUCUAGUAUUGGGUGUUUCCAUUUCCUUGAUUGUGGAGGCGUAUUCGACCAAACUAUAUUUCAGUCUCCCUAGCUAGAGCUCAGUGAGUUUGUAGCAGACAUGAUGCUUUUCUCCCGCCUUCGCACAUGCUAAGGGAAACCAGUUGUUCAGCUGAAUAGGGAUCUAGCAUCAACCUUUGUUGCCAAUCAAUAAUGUUGAAGAGUGAAGAGUUUUUAUCAAAAUCAAACGACUAUUUACUUCAAAGACCUGUAGUUUGUUCAUUAAAUUGUAAAUACUGGAUAUUUCUUUUAUGAUGGAAUUGUGUUUAGGCCUUUGGCCCAUUUGUAAUGUGUUAAUUAGAUUUUUCUUUUGAAGUUUCCCUUUUUUUUUAAAAAAAAAUUUACAUUUAGAGUGGUGUACAUUUUUACUACUGAAUAAAUGUGAAUUUCACCAUUUCAUUAGAGGUAA